AUUUUAUUGAAAUGGAUGACUCCAAAAAAUAAUAUAGCAAAAUCAAAAAUGAAUUAAGAGAAUAAAUUAUUCAUAAGAUCUUAAUCGAAAAAAAGCCUAUAAUGGAUGUAAUCUAAAAUUUAUAAUAUAGGUGGCCUUAGAACAUAACAUCUUACAAUCUACCUGUAAAUCUAUAAUUAACACAUAUAUGAGAGAAGGUAGAGUGGGUAAAAAGGAGAGUAGAGUCAGAAAAUUAAAAAAAGUUAUGAAAACAUAUGAAGUAGUAUUAAAUCCUUUAUACCCUUAAAUGUCAACAAUUGUUUAAUCAUAAAAUAUAGAGAAUUGUGUGGAAAAAUCAAAGAAAGGGUAAAAAGAGGAAAAUAACAAAAACGAGAAUUUUACUGAAUAACAAGAUGUCAAUAAGAUGAUAUAAUAAUGGUGCGAAUAGAUUAAAUAAUAAAUAUUUUUACUUUCUAAUUCUAACUAGUUUUUUUAAAGUUCUAUGAAUUUGAUACAGAAAUGA